AUGAUUUUCGGUGAUUAUCCGGCGAAGUACAACCCGAAGAUCCACGGACCUUACGAUCCUGUCCGUUACUACGGCAAGCCGGAUACGCCAGGUGAAGUUGAUCGAAUUGGGUGCUUGGUCAACGUCGGCGGAAUGGUGUUAUUCUAUGCCAAAAUGAAGCAGCGCAGGAACUACAAGUACCACUAUACGAAGGCCCCUGGAAGCAGGGCAGUGAGAAGCGAAUGA